CUGUUUGACUCCCUUAUCCCUUCGUUCAUGGGCCUAUAAAUUGGCCCUCUCCUUGCAUUGUGAAGUCCAUCUCUUCAUCCCUUUUGUUAAUCUUUUCAUGGCUUCCAAUAAUUCCAUGGAGAUAGGUCCUCGGCCUUCCCAGAAGGAGACCAAUUGCUGCCAUCCUCCUCCGCCGGAGGAUGCCGAAUCUCGUACGAGUUCAUGGUGGUACCGCGCAAAGAAGUUGGAGAGGCGUAUUAAACGUCUCCGAAAGCUCGUGAAUUACCUUCAUGGGGUUCCCCAACAGGCAGCGUCUUCGGUUGAGCCUGUUCAGCCGGCUGUUGAUGCCAUCCCCGCGGAGGGAACGUCCUUCAUCCGGGCUACUCCACCCUGUUCUUUCCUCAUGGCAGACUCGCUCUUGCCCAGUUCUCCCACUGCUCCGACUGCGGUGGGGAAAUGUGCCGACCCCGAUCUAUCUUCUUUGAGUGAGGAUUCUGUCCAGAGUCCUUUCUGCCAAGAAUCCGCCGCAACGGAGGUUUCACAGAAGUCUGGCCGCUUGGUGCGCAAGGUGGGGACGAACGUGCGUGCUUAUCUCGCAGGCUUUCGUCGUGCCCACCGGAAGAAAACAACCAGUGCCAACCUCAAAGCGCAGUUUGUGUCUGAUCAUGAUGCUUCCUCCGUAGACUCUUCAUUUUCUGAAGAGAUAAAUGUGUACUUUGACCAUUCGGGAAAUAACGCUUCAUGUUCUUGUGCCUGAAUUAUGAUGUAUUGCCGCUUUGGGCGAAUUUCGUGUAAUAAAAUUGCCUGUGUUCU